AGGGUUGCCUAUUUCACCUGCAUCUGAAUCCGUCCACCAUACGCACGCAUACGCUUGCCCCUACCCAUCUUCGUUCUGUUCCCGCCAUCAAACCGUCCGCCCCCGAUCUUGCGCCCGGUAACAGACAAUUAGGCACUCCUCCAAGGUUAAGAAACCGUCGCCUUGUAAUAUGUGAACAGGAAGAGCUCUAGCUGUGCACUUUUGACCUCAAUCUCUGCGGCGACAGCAGGAUUUCAUCCGCCCUGGCCACCUCUGGCUCUCCAAUCCAGAUUCUGUCGGUUGCCCCACUAGCAACCUUUACUGCCCGGGUGCCGCUCGAGCUUGUUGCGCGGGUAGAGAUUCCAUGGCUACAGCUUCAGGCCCAAAGGCUGCCAGGCCAGCCGAUGCCACUGUUUCCGCACCAGGUCGGCAUACUCCCGCUCAGAAGGUGACUCCUGUCCCGGUGCCAAAGCCGGGAUCCGUACCGUCACUUCCCCCGUCUGCGAAUCAGGCUGUGGCUGUCGGGAGAACUUCCAAUGCCGCCAAUAACUCGGCAACUGCGACCGCCGUCCAAGGCGGGUUUGGCCUUCUUACCCCGGUCGAGUCAAACCUCCAGGACGCUGCGAACGGCCCCCACCGAGAUGGCCGGAUUCGGAACCCCGUCCCGAGCAAGCUCAAAGGAAAAACCGAUGGAUCCAAGGGGAACUUCAGCGUUAUGCACAUGGGGGUGGCCGGGAGGGCCGAGGCAACAGAACGAGAUGCUCAAGCCAAGCGUACGAGCGAGAGCACGGAGCUGGCCGCUAAACGAGCUUUCGAGAACGGCUAUGUUUCUCAUAGGAGAAGCAAGUUUGUUCAGUUACCGGAUGAGACGGCUGCGAAGCCUUUCGUUCCAGCCACCACAUCUGCUCAGGUGCCCUAUAUGUCAGGCCGUCAAACUCCCUUGAAUGCCGACGAGACCAAAUCAGAACAAGCACGUCUUUUAACGCUCCUCCGAAGCCUUCAGCCGCUUCUUGUCGUUGAUCAGAUCUGCAAGGCUCUUGCUUUUUUCGGAGGCAUACCUGGUGCUCCGCCGCCCGCGAACGGUGAGUUUCCCCAAAGCGCCGAGGCGAAUGGUUCGGGAAGCUUGUUUGUCGGCUGGAUAGCCGAAAUCUUUCCCAAACUUGGAGGUAACAAUGGGCAGCAAAAUAUGGCCCCUGUUCGCCAAAUGGAUGGACCUGAACCGGUUCGGCGAAAACGGGGAAGGCCAAAAGGGAGCAAGGCCACCAAGGUGCGUAAGGACAAAGGCUUGAAAAAGGGCCCUAGCAAGGACACUCCAGAUACAGACCGGACACACAGAGAGGCCAGUACUGAUGGGAAUUGGGUCGACGUUGAGUACGGCGAUACAAGUGCUCCUGACAUGGUGGAUGCUAAUGUUAUGCUGCUUGCCCAAGCCGCAAGCCCUCACCGUCAACCAGCUCAUGUCGAAGCUCCAGGGAUGACGCAGCCAGAUGCGACUACCAGCCAUGUAACAGCGACUAUUCCAGCGCGUACCAUGCAGCAUCAUGGACCCGGCAACAACAGUCUUGUCGUUGAGAGCCCGGGGAACAUGAAGAAGAGAGGCCGGCCUAAGGGGUCAAGAAAUCGUCCAAAGGUGUCCGAUGCGGCUGUUCUUCCAAGACAGUCAGUCCAGCCAGCCGAUAAUUCCUACACUUCUGCUCAGUUAUCGCAGACAUUGGAAGGUUCGCAGCCUCAACCGGCCAAUGCUUCAUUUACUGCCGUGAACUCCGUCACUUCUGCCAACUCGGCCAAGAAAAAGGGAUCACGACCAAAAGCUUCCGCUACCAAGAAGCAGGUGGACGCUCUCGCAGAAACGGACAUUUCAGGACCAAACGAACUACAGACCACGGUACCAUCUGCUGCUAAACAGCAACAGACAGUGGGACUGAAUGGCAACCCAACCCAAAAGCAAGUUCAGCAAAGCGUCCACUCUGAUCAAGGAUUACAGAUUAUACCAAUUGGUGCGGUCCCAGCUCCAACUACUAUAGAGUCUGCUCAGGUGCUUGGCAAUGCGGGCCAGAAGCGAAAACGGAAGACUGCAAAAGAUGUUGGUGUCGUUGACAACAUCAACGGGAUCGGUUUGACAACUCCGUCCUCCAGCGCAGUUGCUCUGCCCACACCAUCCACUCAGCAGGGUUCUCAACCUGUGACUGCAAUCACGGCAGUGGGAUUCCCCCCUGCGAAACGGCAACGAAAAAGCAAGGAGUCUAGACCUAAAGGGAAGAAGUCGAAUGAUAUGACGGUUCCAGACUCCAUCGAGCCAGCGGCCUCCUCCCAGAUGAAAGCUGCCACUCCCGCACCAGUUCCCAGUCCAAAUCAAGCGCCUGCGACCACCCCCGCUACAUUUCAUACGGCCCCUGGAAUAGGGUCAGAAGUGACUCCUGUGUCGUCGUCAGUGUCCCUUGAACAAGUUAUGCCGUUAGCUCAUUCGCCUCAAGGUCACUUCGGCGUUCAGUCUCCGACGAUGGAGAAUUAUGAAGCUCAGCUACAGGCGCAACUGGAGCUGAAGAGCGACAUUGACUCACAGCAUCAUAGCCUUACUCCAAGACCCAUAGUAACAAAUCAUCUUCAACAGCAACAGUCACAGCAAAGACAGCAAAGGCAGCCACCGACCCAACAACAACCACGACAACCGUCACAAUCGCAUACACAACAUUCCAUGCCACAAUCACAGCCUCACCCUCAACCUGAAUCAUCAGCACAGCAACCUCAACCACAACGACCGCAAUCGAUUUCACAGCAACCAUCGCAGCAGCAUCAAACCUCUGUUUCACAGCCAAGUACUCAAGGACAAUUACAAGCUCACCAGUCCCAGACCCCAAGCCCCAUGAUAUCUCAGCAGCAAAAUAGGGCAACCCAUCAUUAUACCCAGUACCGCCCCUCAACAUCGCCAUAUAGUCAAGGCCAGCAGCAUCAGCAUAGCUACUCAUCCCCUCAGCAGCAAUCUCAAAACUUUACUGCACAACAACAAGCCCAGGCAACACCACAGCCUACCCCUGCUCAGCAGUAUUCAAACACUCAUCAGUUACCGCCCUACGGUUCUAGUCAACAGUCGUACCAGAAUAGCCAUAGCCACUACAACGGGACUCAGCAGUCAGUAGCUUCACAGCAUCGCUAUCAACAACACUUGGCCACAGGUACAACGACCGCAGGCGCUUACUCUGCUCACCAAUCACCCCAGUUCGGAGCUUCAUCAACAAAUGCCUUUAGCUCUGCAGACACUGGUUACCGAGGGUCUACUGGGAGUACAAGCAACCCGACCUACGGGUCACAACAGGGUCAGUCGUCGGCGCCAUCUGCGGCUUCGACGUACCGAACUAGUAGUACGCAUAAUAUGGUCCAUCAGUCACCGUCUUAUACAACGAACACUGGAACAGCACUGCAUCGUUCUUCGAGCACAAGCCACCCGACUAGUCAAGGGAUUCAAGCCAUCAGUAACAUGCAGUCUUUCGCCGGGACGAACAACACCGAGUGGGACUUUUUGAACCCAAGUACCCUCGACAGCGCUGGAAGUCAAGGGGCUCUGGCCAUGAACGGCGCCGGGUACGCUAUGAAUACCGCUAGUGUGAGGUCAACCUCAAAUUCAGGGACGCCUUUCACUGCGAGCACCAUGGCCAAUUUCGAUGCUUCAGGGCUUCCGUCGUUAGGAGGUAACAACAGGUAUUUUGAACUUGGACGGCGAUAAUCCACAACUCUACCUCACCAUUCACGUAGAGGAAGGUUGGUCAGGCUCACCCAUGCUCAAAGAGAAAUUGGCUCGGACUUGGAGGACAACGAAUCUGAGUGAAUACAGUACAACGUAAUGUCUUACCCCUAUAAAUGUACUACUACCAUGCCGAUAUUC